GGGCUUCCUGUUCCGGCGUUUACUUUGCCCUUGCUCGGUCUGCUCCUGGGACGUUUUUCGCGAUCGGAAUCAGAUUGGCGUAGCUGUAAUUUCCAGAGGAGAGGCUGAAAAAUGGUGUUCAUACCACCUGACGAGUCUCCGAUUUUGUUUAUAUAUGAGAUAGUGAAGCGGGAGCGUGAGAAAAGGGGCUGGGGACCGCUGAGCUACUACCGGUCACCCGCGGAUGACGAGGGAAUCGAAAAAAUGACCUUACUUUCACUCUAUUCAUUGAAGUUCGGUACAAUAGCAGGUUUGGCUGAGGGAAUUUUGCUUACCGAAGCAUCAAGUUUCAAGCACUUUGCGGGACGUAUAGGUUUCUGGACAGUGCCAAUGGUGGUGUCCUGCGGUUCUUUCGUGAUCACAAAUCAUGCCCUGGCAAAGAUCACUGGCAAGGACACAUGGUACAACCACAUGGUUGGUGGCGUCGCCGCUGCCUCUGUGUGGGGAGCAAUGUUCAACAGCUACAAGGUGGGCUUUCCUCUCGCUCUCGGCUUCGCCGCAUGGUUCGGCCUUAAGAAGUGGUCAGUGGACAACGGCGUGAAUCUGCUUGGAAGCCAGCCAAAGUUCGCGGAGUUCAUGUACCUUGCGCAGAAGUUCGACCUCUCCAUCAUGAAAGCGCCAUAGGUGGUCGGACUGCCAUGCCGCUGCCUUUGUUUUCUUGUGCACAGGACCCUGUGCCCUGUUGUAGAAUAAAGCCUAUGUGAAUAACA